AUGAUUCAUGGUCCUAAUUCUUAAUUUUCAGGUGCUUUUACUUUAGGCAAAAGAUAUGAAUGUAAUAUUUUUUUUUUAUUUUAGGUGCCAUAUAUUAAAGUAAUCCAAAUCCUGGGUAAAUUAUUUAAUCAAAUUAGACCUAAUCAUUAUUCUGUCAAUCCCUUAGACAAACCUAUAGGAUAUAAAUUUUCUAAAUCUAACAGAAAACCACUUUAUUAAGCUCGUAUAGCUCCUGAUCCUGGAACUUAUGAAAAUAAAAUUCAGGCAUCUAUUAGUAUAAGUUUUUAUAGGCAAUUUUACCUCAUCCAUCUUCAGUUGUAUUUACUAAAUCAAAGGAGACUUCUCUUAAAGAUACUGAAAUAGGACCAGGAUCAUAUAAUUUAUUUGAUUAAAAAAAAGCACCUGCAUUUACUUUUUAGAGUAGAUUUGAUUCUAUAGGAAAUGAAAUUAUGAAAACACCUGGACCUGGAAAUUAUGAAAUAGAACAUUAAUUAAUUUAUAGACCAAAAAAUAAAGGAUUCUCUACUAGUUAAAGAACAAAUAUACUUUUAUCAAAUCAUCCAGGACCUGGUUCUUAUGAAAUAGAAAAACCAAAAUUUUUAACAAAUAUUAAGUAAGCUAUUAAUAUUUAUCAAAGAUUUCCAAAAUCAUAAAGAAAUAUGAAUUGGAGUUAGAUAGGACCAGGUCCAGGAUCAUUUGAUCUUAAUUUACCUUAAAAUUAAGGUUUUACUUUUGGAUGCAAAACUAAUUAAUAAAUUGAUAGAUUAAAUGUUCCAGGACCAGGUAGUUAUGAUGCAGAGGUUGCAGAUGGAAAAUUCAAAAGAAUUCCAGGUAUAAAGUAAAACAAAAUUUUUAAUCAAAGAAUAGGAAAAUCUGAAAGAAAUAGUUAAAAUUUUUAAAAAAUUGGUCCAUCUCCACUUGAUUAUAAUGUUACUAAUUAUAAGUAUCCAACCAGACAUGCAAGGUAUUAAAUGAAUAUAUAAAAUAAUAAUUAUAGCUUUAAUAAAGCAAAGAGAUCAUCUAUGAUAACAACAGAAAGAACACCAGGACCAGGAGCUUAUAUAAUUGAAUCAAAAUUUAAGAAGAAUGGACCUAUUAUUCCAAAAGCUUCUAAAGAUGAAAUUCAUUUGGAAAAUUUACCAGUUUAUAUUUAAAUUUAUUUUAGGGGCCAGGAAAGUAUAAUCCCAAUAAUUCAAUAAUUUCUAAUAAAGCUCCUUGUUAUCAAAUUGCAUAAAAAUAUCAUAAAACUUAAGAAUCAAGUAUGUUAGGACCUGGCAGAUAUGAUAUCUAAAGAGAUAUAAAUGAUGGACCUAAAUACACAUUUCCCACUCUUGAAAAAAGUAUGGAAAAAAAAUCUAUUGAUUUAAAUUAGUAAGAAUUAAUAAUAAAAAUAGAUCACAUUGUUAUGAAAUUUAAUAAACCAUUGGAUAUAUACCUUAAUAUAUUCUUCACAAUUGA